AUGGCUAUGGGCGACCCCCUACCCAGCUACCUGGUGGAGCUGGUGUGGAACAGCCCCAUCGCUUCCCUCGACGACCUCAGGCAUCUGUUUAGGCUAGAGGCCGGAGAACUCACAGAGGGGGAGGAAGAAGAGCAGGACACAUCUGACCAUCACCCUGGGAGAUUCACCAGGAGUCUGAAUGAGGCCCCGAAGGCGAUCAUAGCGGAGUGCAAGGUGCGGACGGAGGUGCAGGAAGUGACCCGGGCCAUGCACGACAUCAGCAACGCCCACUUCAUGCUGUGGCCGCCGUGUGUGGAGGUGCAGCGCUGCUCUGGCUGCUGCAACUCCCUGAUAAUGCACUGUGUCCCAACCAUCACGAGCACCAGAGACCUUGAGGUGGUAAAGAUCCAGUACCUGAACUCCAAGCCUCAGAUUGGGAAGGCCAUCGUCUCCGUGGAGGACCACCUGAGCUGCAGGUGCGAGCACCGGGCCCACCCCCGUGCCAUCCUGCCCCCCAGCCAGCCCCAGCCCCAGCCCCUGCCCCAGCCCUACCCCCAGCCCUACCCCCAGCCCCAUGCCACGCCCCCCAAGAGCUCCACCUCCAAGGCCGAGCUCCAUCGUCACGACGACCAGAAGCACAACCAGCAGCAGUUCCAGACGGCGGAGGAGCGUGAGCCCCCGGCCACCCGCCAGUGGCCCCAGGGGGGCUACACCCAGCUGGCCCGCUGGACCCCCGGCCCGGGGGACCACCACGCACCCCCGCUCUACACCCUGGCAGCAGGGGCCGCCGUCACGCGGCCCGUCACCGAAGGGGCCGGAGGCGGCCUGGUGUGGGCGGGGGCCCGAGCGUUGGGCCCCCAGGGCCCCAAGGACAUAGGGCCCCCUCCGGGCAGCGGCUCCGAGGGGGGGGCCCGGGAGGCUGCUGGAUCGCAGCAUCAGCAGCCCCUGGCACCCAGGCACCACAACCACCCCCCCCACCACCCCCACCGCCCCCAGUUCCCCCAGUACGGCCAGAGGCCUGAUGCCAGCACGCAGUACAGGCUCAACUCCUUCCAGGGGGACUCCGCCUCCACGCCGCCCAGCAGCGCCACGUGGCCGGCCAAUCACAGGCCAGAAUGGAACCCCACCCCCUCACCGGCCAGCACCAAUCAGAAGGAGCCGGCCUUACAGGUGGCCAGUGGGGAACACGUCAGGGUCGACAAUGACCGACAGACAGAGACUGGUGCGGCCAAUCAUAGUAAAGGAUCUGACAAGGAGGAAAGCGGGUCGACCAAUAGCGGGGAGGGUGUCGUGGUUCCAGCCAAUCGGCGACAGGAUAAGGACUCUGGAGUGACGGAUGGGGGGCCUGCUCUCAGCGAGGAGGAGAGGCGACAGAAGCUUCUUGAGAUUGUACAAAGAGAACCACACCCUCCUCACCCUCACCCCGCAGACCACCUUCCCCAGCACAGACCAAAGCCCACCGCGUCUAAAGCAGUGGUCUCCCUGGAGGGUCCGACCCGCCGGCCCCCGUCCACCGCCGCACGGACCCCCAGGAGGCCGGCCGCGCCCCGGCGCAGGAGGAAGCACCGCAACCGCAACCGCAUCAGCAAGAAGGCCAUGCGGGCCAUCAUCAUGUAGACGGAAGCCAAAGUGAAGCGACUGUGAGGAUGAGCCAAUAACAACUGGAACACUGGACUUUUGGGGGAUCCUUCUGCAGAAGGCUCUACAACUCUAGAAGAUGACACCAUUUUGGUUCAAACUGAACCUGCAACUGGAACUUUAACUUCUACUGAACUUUUAAUGUGCAAUCAUACUGACUCUUUGUGAACAGAGCAUACUUGUUAGAUUAUGAAUAAUAAUAAUAAGGAUAAUAAUAACACACUUGAGACUGGCCUAUACAUUAUAUGAACCAUGAAUCUAGCGAAUAGGUGCCCUGAUAGCCCCCCUUGUCCCUUACCUGGAAUCCUGAAUGCCUAUUGGACGGCCGGGUGGCUGAAUGUUCCCCCGCGUCGACGCACAGCCAUUGAUUGGCUGUGCCCGACUUGUUUGACUACUGAUGGGGCGCCGAAGGAACGAAGAGCUUCCUGGCUUUGUCGCUGGGAGUUAUCUUCAAACAGAGCUGCUGUAGCAACCCUACCGCUGAACCAGACACUGUUGUGUGGGAAAAAGAAACAAGAGAAAAAGAAAAAAGAACAAUUAGCCAAGAAGAAUUAGACACUGGGCGGCCUGCUGAAAACACACCGCCCCAACGCCAAAACAGUGGACUGCUAAACUCUUCCUUGUUCUAGAUCCAACCAUAACACUGGAGUAGCCAUACACUGAUCCUGUGCUGUUGACCUAUUUAACCCAAACCCAGUGUGUAAUCUCCAGGAGUACUGCCCCUGUGGAACGCUUGUGCAGCCAUUAACACCCGCCUGGUCCCGGUGACCGGGCCGCCAUAGUAAUGCCCCCCCCCCCACGUAGGGAAGAGCGCUUCGCAAAGUAAAACGACAAAAGAGUCUUUGUUUCUUAACUUAUUUUAAAACAAUGGAGGAUGCUGCAUCUUCCUCGUUCUUAAGUGUAAUUAUUGGUGCCGCAGUUUGUUUGUUUUAAUGAUUAUUGAUCACUGGUUGUACGCUGUUACUGUCAUGAAUGUUAUUUUUAAUAUAAAGACCAAACGGUAAAGUA